AGACUGCAUCUACCCGAGCCGAAACGCAGUUAAACAAAGUUAAGAGGACCGCUGUAUAACAUAUGAUCUCAUAAGACAGGCAAGUCAGAAACUCACAUUGACACCUCAACUGCAUAAUUAUAAUUUCACACGCAACCCGUAAACCUGUUCACCCCAAUGCUUCUCUUCGAAUUUAGCCUCAAAUUGAAAUAGUUACUUGUUACAUUGCAUUAACCUAACCUACAUUAUUACAUCACACCAACUAUGACCUCACCCGCACCCGCACCCCCUCCCCGUCGCCGCCGCAUCGUCGGCGUCUCCACAAAAAUGUACUUCUCCGCCGCCCGGACAAAGCAAUACGUCGACGAGCUACUGCAAAUCCUCUCUUCCCCUUCAAACCCCUCCUCUACAACCCCAAGCCUCCUAAAUAAUAUCGACAUCUUUAUAAUUCCCGACCAUAUAAGCCUCACCUCCGUCAUCAGCCAACUCCAACACUCCCGCUCUCCCAUCCCCAUCCUCCCCGGCGCCCAAGAUGCCUUCUACGAAGACACCGGCGCCUACACUGGGGAAAUAUCCCCCGCCGUCCUCGUCGAAGUAGGCUGCCGCAUCGUAGAACUAGGCCACGCCGAACGCCGCCGUAUCUUCUGUGAAACAGACGCCGACACCGCGCGCAAAGCGGCAGCCGCGGCACGCAAUGGCUUGAUCCCAUUAAUCUGCAUCGGGGAGCGCUCAGAGGCAGACGGGGAAGCGGGUGUUAGAGUCGCCGUCGACGAGUGCAGAACGCAAGUCGAAGCUGUGCUCGCCGCGCUCCCUACUACCGCCGAGGUGGUAUUAGCUUACGAGCCCGUCUGGGCGAUCGGUGCCGCGGAGCCUGCGGGCGCGGAGCACGUGGUUGCUGUUACGCAGGCGAUCCGGGGACUGGAGUGCGUGCGGAGUCGGGAGGGGAGCACGAGGAUCCUAUAUGGGGGGAGCGCUGGGCCGGGGCUUUUCGCGCGGCUGAAGGAUGGAGUGGACGGGCUGUUUUUGGGACGGUUUGCGCACGAUCCGGCGCAAUUUUAUAAGACGAUUGUGGAAGUGGCUACAGCGUGAUGUAUAGGUACUUAUCUGGAUAGGAGGGAGAAGUGAUGACGGUAAUAUCUCUGGAGCAUUUGUUGAUGCCGUCGAUAUACGUUGCCAAUAACUGUAAACAUAUUCUAACAGGGUCCAAUCGAGACCAAUGACUUGAUAUGAAUGGGGCGCGAUUUAAAGCGCCCUCCUGAAUGAAAAAUUUCAAUUAUAGAUGGUUGUCAUCGCGCCUCUAUAUAACACGACGUAACGCGGCCUAGAAUCCUAACAAAUGCUCCGUCGCCCACGUAUACAUCGCUCGACGAACUGAAGCAGAGAUCAGACAGUAAACGACCUAUGGUAUCUUACAUCAAGUCAUACGACCAGCCAGGGGAUAUAAUCCAGCGCCUUUGAAAUACACGUUAAAGAAAGUUGGGCGCAA